UCUUGGCUCAGUACAUAUUUCAACCCAAGACUGCCUAACAAGCAGGAAAGUCUAUCGAAGACCUUGUUCGUCUUCACUGUUAUUUGCUGCAGACUUGGCAAAUGUCACAUGGCGGUCGUUAUGACCGAAGCCGUAGCCGCAGCCGGGACCGGGAUCGGAGGGGCGGCGGUGGUUAUGGUGGCAGCUAUAGCAGCAAAGACUUGGGUUCCAACCUUCGCAACAUCAACUGGCAGGAGGAGAGACUGACCAGAUUUGAGAAGGACUUCUACCAGCAACACCCUCUAGUCGCUAGCAUGUCACAUGAGGAGGCUGAGAAAAUUCGGGCUGAGAGGAACAUUAGUAUCGUCCAUUGCCUAAACGACGUGCCGAAGCCCAUCCGAACAUUUGAAGAGGCCUCGUUCCCAGACUACGUGCUGGCAGAGAUCCAGCGUGCAAACUUCAAGGAACCCACGCCGAUCCAGGUGCAAGGAUGGCCAAUUGCGCUGUCGGGCAGAGAUAUGGUGGGCAUCGCAGAGACGGGCUCUGGCAAGACAUUGGCUUUCUUGCUGCCAGCCAUUGUGCACAUCAAUGCACAGCCUGAGUUGGUGAAGGGAGAUGGUCCGAUUGUUUUAGUGUUGGCACCAACAAGGGAGCUUGCUUUACAGACAAAGGAGGAGUGUGACCGCUUCGGCAAAAGCUCGAAGAUCAAGAACACAUGCUGUUAUGGUGGCGUUCCCAAAAUGGAUCAAGCUCGAAAUCUGCGCGAUGGGGUCGAGAUUGCGAUUGCCACGCCGGGGCGCUUGAUUGACUUUUUGGGCACUGGUGACACCAAUCUGAAGCGUGUUACCUACUUGGUUCUAGAUGAGGCUGACAGGAUGCUCGACAUGGGCUUUGAGCCUCAAGUGAGAAAGAUAUGCACCCAGGUCCGCCCUGAUCGGCAGACGUUGAUGUGGAGUGCUACCUGGCCCCCAAGCGUGCAGUCACUUGCGCGAGAUCUUUGCAGGGAGGAUCCUGUGCACAUCAAUGUCGGUGCCAGACAACUGCGUACAGCUCACACCAUCAAGCAGUAUGUGGAAGUUCUACAGGAAAGUGAAAAACGAUCGAGAUUGCGAAGAUUGCUGGAGAAGAUCAUGGACGGCUCCAAGAUCCUGAUUUUUUGUCAAACGAAAAGAGCUGGCGAUGAACUAACAAGAGAGAUGAGGACGGAUGGUUUUCCUGCUUUGUGCAUACAUGGUGAGAAGCGGCAGGAGGAGCGAGAUUGGGUAAUGAAAGAGUUCAAAGAAGGCAAGUCACCUAUUCUGGUAGCAACUGACUUGGCGUCACGCGGUUUGGAUGUCAAAGACAUCAAGUGUGUCAUCAACUACGACUUUCCAAACCAGAUUGAGGACUAUGUCCACCGGGUGGGACGAACGGGGAGAGCUGGAGCAUCAGGCUCGGCAUACACCUUCUUCACGCCGGACAAGUCGAAACAUGCCAAGGACCUCAUAGAAGUGCUGAAAGAGGCCAACCAGGCUGUCCCCGAGGAGCUGGAAAGGAUUGCUGGUUCAGGAGGCUUCAGACGAUGACAAAAAGGAAGUUCGAGGCUUGCGGCCGCUUGAUGAGUUUAGCAAAGAACAGAAGUUUCUUUCAAAGGACUAGGGAAAGCAGUUGGACCACGGUUUAUUCUCAUAGACCAGGCGAUGUUGUCAUGCUUUAUUCUUUGCUUGUGGAAGGAAGCUUGUUGUAGAGUGCGAGUUUCGCCGUGCCCCAUGGGCCCUGCAACAUGUUUCAAGGGGUGCGGAAAAGGGC